CUGUGAAAUCCAUUGGGCCUAAUUGGAAAGCAAAAGGAUCAGUGUGCUGUGCGUUGCAGCGAUAGAGGAAAAAUGUUGAUUCGACGAUUGCCUUGGACGGCGAUUUCUUUUGCCGCACCACUUCCCUUCUGUUUCGGCGCUACCAAUGGACUUCCCAUUCGCAAGCAACUUAACUCUUCUCUCUUCUCCUUCUUCUGCUCCAGCUCCGGCGUCAAUCUCCCUCUACAACCUGGUCACGAAACGGAUACUCGUCACUCGCAGUCUCUGAAACCCGGUCUUUACCUCGUUGGAACGCCAAUCGGAAAUCUCGAAGAUAUCACACUGAGGGCUAUUCGCGUGCUGAACUCGGCUGACGUCAUACUCUCAGAGGACACUAGGCACUCUGGGAAGUUGCUUCAUCACUACAACAUCAAAACACCCCUUAUGAGUUAUCACAAGUUCAAUGAAUCGCAUAGGGAACAGCUUGUGCUGAGGAGGUUGAAGCAGGGUGAGAUUGUGGCUCUCAUAAGUGAUGCUGGAAUGCCAGGUAUAAGUGAUCCUGGUACGGAGUUGGCCAAAUUGUGUGUUAGUGAGAAUAUCCUGGUUGUUCCAAUCCCUGGUCCCUGUGCUUUGGUGUCGGCUCUUUCUGCCUCGGGUUUACCUACUGACGAAUUUACAUUUGUUGGUUUUCUUCCUAAGCAUUCGGGAUCGAGAAGAAAAAGGCUCAUGGUUUCAGCUGAUCAAACAACAACACAAAUAUUUUACGUUCCUCCUCACAAGCUUUCUCAGUUCCUUGAUGAGAGUUCUUCAAUUUUUGGUGAUGCAAGGCAAUGUGUUAUUGCUCGGGAAAUGACUAAGUUACAUGAAGAGUUUUGGCAUGGUACUCUUGGUGAAGCCAAGGAAGUAUUUUCUAUUCGUCAAGUGAAGGGAGAACUUACCAUAUUGAUCGAAGGGAAAGCAAAUUCUAAAGUUGAACCUCCGUCAGACACUGAGCUUGAGAGUGAACUAAGAGAACUGAUUGCUGGUGGCGAGAGUCUUUCCACGGCUGUCAAAUUGGUUACCAGCCGGACAUCAGUGAGUAGAAAAACUAUAUAUUCACUUGCAUUAAGAAAGUUUGGGAAGCAACUUGAAGUGGAUGAUGAUUCAAAUUAGUGCAGAUUAUUUCUGCAGAGACGUGAAAUGUACUAGGAAUUUGAACGGAUAAUAAAAGCUGAAAGAUAUAUAUUGAAAAGAGUGGAAAUGGCAAAGAUUGAAACUGGAGACAGCUGCGUGUUAAUGGACGAGACAGCCAAACUGGGCGGGCGGUCUGGAUCUCGGGCGCUGCACAGGGACAUAUCAUAGGCACAUGCAAAUUGCCCUUUUUCUCCCCCAAAGCGGGCCCCACCACUUAUUAUAUUCAUUGGGCCUAAUCCUUAUUGGGUUCCUUACUUAAUUAUAACAAUAACCCAACUCCAUCAACAACUCAACCACUCUUGAUCCUUCACUAAUGUAGUACAACUACAUGUCCACACCGUUUGAAAAAACCCUUGUAAUUCUUUUUUUCUUUUUGCUAUGAUCCUCCUUGUAAUUUACUCCUAAUUACAAUAAUACAACACUUGUUUAUUUUGUAA